AUGGAGUCCUUCGGUGAUCAUGUAUCAUGCACGCUGCGUUCCUGCUACCAGCCCGUGUUCGACGUCCUGCGUUUCGUCGUCCCCGCUUUUGCCAUCGGCGAGUCCGCGUUUUCCGUCUUGACUGACCAGUCUGUGGGAACGUCGCAGAAGGAGUUCCUCAUCAUGCUGUUGCUGGUUCUCUUCUUCGUCGUGGGUUUUGCCAACACGAAGGAGUGGACCAGCGAUGCCCGCAGCACGAAGACUCCAGAAGAUGGAGGGGCGCACAGGCCGAAGGCUGCGGCUUCCAAAGGUGGAGGUACCCAGGAGCAGAAAUGGCAGCCUUUGGCAAAGCAUCUUGUUCAAAACAGCGCCUCGCACGAUCUCUGCGCUGCCGCGCAUGCAGGGCGCCUCCGUCUCGAGCAGGUCGACUCCGACAUCCAGGCCAUCGACGACGCACAGAAAGAAGGCUUCGUUCUCGAUCCUUCGAACUUCUCUGAAAUAUUGGCUGCAUGUGCUAGGCAGUGUCAUGCGGCCAUGGCGACCAAGCUGUUCAAGUACAUGUUGGAGGAGGGCGUCGUCUGCAACCAGCAAAUGGUCAAGAACGGCGUGGCCAGCAGAUUUUUUAGGGUCGUUGCAGAGAGUCUCGACGAGAAGACCAUGCAGGACACUGGCGUCGAGCUUCUCGAGACAAUUCGAGCACAUGGGCUGGAACCCGUGCAUCUUGUCCAGAAUCGCCUGAUCUGCGCAUGGAGGAGUAAGCCUCCACCGCGUGUUCUUCAUAUGCUCAUGACGCUAAGGGAGCAGGGCGUCAGUCUCAGUUCAACGGUGUACCGCUGCAUAAUGGCUGCGCACGAACGGACCAAGCCACGUCUCACACUGCACCUCUACGACGAGAUGGUGAAUCGAGGGAGCAAGAUCGACAGAGUGGCUUUCAAUGCUGCUUUGUGUGCCUCCUCGCAUCUAGGUAGGACCGACCAGGCCAAGGAGCUGUUCGAAACGAUGCUCUCCCAUGGGCUAGUCCCAAACAGCAAGACGUAUGGUACCAUGAUAAGGACCUACACUGCCGCAGACAGGGCGCAGGAAGCUGUGGACCUCUUCGAGACGAUGCGUGCAGCCGGCAUCGAGCCCAACCGCUAUGCAUUCGACGACGCCAUACAUGGCUAUGUCAACGUCAAGAGGCUGGGAAAGGCUGUCUCCCUGUACCAAGAGAUGCUCCAGAUCGGUAUGAUCCCUUGCGGCGCAACGGGACAGUACUUGAGCAGGGUGUGCCAGCAGCAGGGCUGGUACAAGAUCGCGGAUCAGAUCCUCCCGGACUGCGCCGGAGGCACGGCCUCACACGUUCCCAGGGAGCGCGCGCGGGAUUUGGAGCCUCUGAGCGAGCCGUGGGACGUCCAACGCCCAUGGUGA